AUUAUCACUUCAAGGUUUGCAAUGUCUAUUAUCAAAGAGGAAUGAAACGAGAACAUUCACAUCUAGUGAAUACUCUGUUUUGCGAUUUGCAAUUUUGUCGGCUGCGAAAAAAGUAUCAGAAGAAGCAUUUUCUAUUCUGGAUAAAAGAUUGCCUCCACGGGAAAAAGUAAAGAAAUCGUCGCUUCAAGACAUUGAAAAUAAUAAUUUAACAGAGAGAGAAAUUAGCACGUCAAUUGCCGAUGCUGUAAAUCCAGUUAUAGAGCAUAUUGAUCUUAGAAGGAUUGAUGGAAUGAUUCUUGCAAAAGCAAUUGAACCAUUAAAUAUUAUUCCAAGUAAUAAAAUUAUGGAUUCAUAUAGAUUUCAAGCCUGCGAAAAAUCACCAUUAUCAGAAUAUUAUAGUAUUCCGAUUUAUAAUAUUAAAUGGGAUAUAAACGGCCACGGACCAAAUAUAAAUAUUAGUGAAGACGGCCAAACAAUUAGCACUACUGAAAAUAUAGCUGUACAUCAAAGUGUAAGAACAAAUUGUCUUAUGAGUAAUGGAACUUAUGAGUUUCAUGUUCUGUUCGAAAAAGUUUGUCUUAAUUCUUGGGUGGGUGUUUGCAGUGAAGGCCUUGAUUUUUCUUAUUUUGCUGGAGAUCAACAAAAUGGAUGGGUUUUAGGUACCAGUGGGAAUUACCAUCAUAAUAGAACAUCUACUCGAGGAAUGUCAGAGUUCGGACAGGAUAAUGCAAAAAUUAUUGUGCACCUAAACAUGGAUGAAAAGACAGUCGCUUUUUCAGUCAACGGUACAAGAUAUCCGCCAGUUGCAUCAUGGACUAAUCUCCCGUCAAAACUUUAUUUUGUUGCUUCAAUCGUAACUCCGGGAGAAUUUAGGAUUUUACAAUCAGAUUAA